AUGGAUGUUAAGAAUUCUUUCCUCAAUGGAGAUCUUCAAGAAGAGGUUUUUAUGGUUCCUCCACCUAGUGUCCCUCACAAACCUGGUGAAUGUACAGAUCGAGGCCGUAUUCUUCUAUCUUUAUACGUUGAUGAUAUGAUUAUUACAAGUGAUGAUAUUGACGGGAUUGGGCUCUUGAAAUCCGAAUUGGCUCGUAGUUUUGUGAUGAAAGAUUUGGGGAUGCUACAUUAUUUCCUUGGGAUUGAGGUUGGUUUAUCUCCAAAGGGGUAUAUUUUAUCUCAGUCAAAAUAUAUAGGUGAUAUAUUUGAUCGUUCUCGUCUUACUGAUAAUAAGAUUGUGGAUACUCCAAUUGAAAACAAUGCUCGGUAUUCCCUAACCGAUGGCUCAUCUUUGCCAGAUCCAGCCUUGUAUCGUACUAUUGUUGGCAGCUUGGUUUACCUCACCAUCACCCGUCCUGAUAUUGCUCAUGAUGUACACAUUGUUUGUCAGUUUGUUACUGCGCCUACUACAGUUCAUUGGAGUGAUGUUCUUCGUAUUCUCCGGUAUCUUCGGGGAACUCAAUUUCAGAGCCUUCUCCUUUCUUCCUCUUCUUCCUUGGAUCUUCGAGCGUUCUCUGAUGCUGAUUGGGCUGUUGAUCCCUCCGAUCACAAGUCCAUCACAGGGUUUUGUAUCUUUCUUGGUGAUUCUUUGAUUUCAUGGAAGAGUAAGAAGCAAGAUGUGAUCUCUAGAACUUCCACGGAAGCUGAGUAUCAUGUUAUGGCCUCUACGACCUUUGAGACUGUUUGGUUACGAUGGUUACUUGCCGACAUGGGAGUCUUUCUUCAUGAGCCUACUCCGUUGUUCUGUGAUAAUUAG